AUGGUUGACUACGCGGAACAUUAUGAGAAUCAACUCAAAGGUGGUGGUGGUGGUGGUACGGGAUCUUUUUAUCGCGGUGUGCCACAUCAACGAGGUCACGGUAUCAGUAGUUUUUUGGGAGGAUUAUUGCGCAGAGUUUUGCCGUUACUGGAAAGUGGAGCAAAAGCCGUUGGAAAGGAGGCCUUGCGAGCAGGGAUGAACAUCAUGGCUGAUAUGGAGAGCGACGUACCCUUCAAAGAAGCUGUCAAAUCACGGGCCAAAGAAUCGGGGCGUAAUUUGCAGAAAAAGGCCCAAGAAAAACUUACCAAUCUUAUGCAGGGCUCCUGGUAUAAAGGGGCGCUCACAGGACCAAGGAGACAGUCGUUGGUCGCCCGCGUUAAUCGUCUCGUCGCAGCGCAAAAGGUUACCAGGCGAAAGAGGAAUUCGAAUAUUAAGAAGAGCAAGAAGAAGAAGGAGACGUCCCGUACCGCGUCAAUGGAUAUAUUUUUCAAUCCAAAACCAGUAUCACCAGCCAACAACUCUUACGCCUACCGCGCCUACAUAGAGACGCUGCUGAAUUACGCACCGAACGCUAAACAAUCGCAUCUUACGGCUGGACUGUGGUACGAUAACAAGAACGGCGAAACAGAUAUUUGCGAACCGCGUGGAAACGACGUACCCUUAAUGAACGGUUUCAUCAAACGCAACGAAAUCAUGCGGAACGGACGCGUCGUAGAUUUGAUCGGACAUCUCCACUGCGACGUCUUUGAUCAGAAAAAGUUUUUACUCAACGGUGUAGAACUACGAGUACGCCUGGUACGCUCGAGAGAUAGCUUCUGCCUAAUGGAAACUAAAGCACUGCAUACUCUACAUAUUCUAGAAGCAUCUUUACUCGUGCGCCGGGUGAAAAUCAGCCCAGGUAUAUUGCUGGCUCAUGCAAGAACUCUAGCCAAGGGUACGGCAAAAUAUCCGGUUACCCGAGUUGAAGUCAAAGCCUUCACCAUUCAUGCUGGCGUGCAGGCUGAGACGCUGGACAACAUCAUAUUCGGACAACUACCGAAACGCGUCAUUUUGGGGCUAGUCAGCAACAAGGCUUUCAACGGUGACAGACAACGGAAUCCCUUCAACUUUCAACAUUUCAUGCUGAAUUAUCUAUCGUUGUAUGUCGACGGCAUUCAAAUACCCUCGAAAGCUUUGCAACCGAGCUUUGGAAAGAACGGCGUAUGCGUCGACACGUAUCACACUUUAUUCUCUGGGACCGGAGUACAUUUUCUCAACGAGGGCUGCGGUAUCGGACGACUACACUACGAAAUGGGAAAUUGUCUCACAGCAUUUGACCUAACGCCUGAUCUUGCGGCCAACUGUUCGUCUCACUGGUCACUCAUCAAACACGGAACACUCAGGAUUGAAUUACGCUUCGACGAUGCACUCAAAGAAACUAUUAACUGUUUCGUGUACGCGGAAUUCGACAAUAUUAUUGAAGUCGAUGCAUCGCGUCAGGUUGUCACAGAUUUCGGCGGUUAG